GUGCAGGUACCACUAGUGCUGCGUACAUCUUUGACAUAGCUGGGCAGGCCAGUUCUGAUCCAGGUACAGAGGACGGUCUCCUUGCAGCUAUGGGGUCCAAUAACUCAGUCCAGGUGUAUCAAGCAGCAACACUGGCACUGAAGCACAGACUAGAAGGUCACACUGAUGUAGUUUCUGGGGUUAAGUUUGCACACACCAAUUCCAGCAUGCUCUACUCGUCGUCAUUAGAUGGCACCAUCAGGUGUUGUGACUUAAGAGUCGGCAAUAAAAAACCUGCCCUAAUAUUGAAAGGUUCUGAAGGAGACCAGUUCUGCAGUCUGGAUGUGAACUGUGAUGACACUGUGGUCUGUGGAGGCUGUCAGAAGAGGAUGCCUGACACAAACCUGGUCCUAUGGGACAGCAGGACAGGACAGAUUGUGCACACCUACCCAGACUCCCACAGUGAUGACAUCACACAGGUGAAGUUCCAUCCCAGCAUGCCUCACAAGAUGGCCACAGGGUCCACUGAUGGGCUGAUCAGCAUAUUUGACAUCAGACAGAGUGACGAGGAUGAUGCAGUAGAGAAUGUGCUCAAUACUGAGUCAUCUGUGAGUAGGAUAGGAUGGUAUGGUCCAAACUCAGACAAGUUGUACUGUGUGACACAUGUGGAGACUCUGCAACUGUGGGACACUGACGAGGCAGACCAGAUUGGUAAUUUUGAGGAUAUUAAAGACUACUCAGGAAAAGAGUUGGACCAUCAUGCACCUGUGGCCACUAUCAAACACAUGAAGGACAAGGAGGUUGCCACAGAGACAGAUGAUGUCACCAGGAAAAGUAACACUUUGGGGGCUGUAGACUAUCUGGUGGACUGUUUUUGGGAUGCCCAACAACAGAAGCUUUUGUUAGCAGGUGGCUUACACAGUGGUAGACUUAAUGUGUACAAAGUGAAGAGGAAAAAGAAGACACUGAAGCCGCUGUACAGUCUGGGAGAUGGGCACCUGUCAACUAUAAGAUGUCUGCACUGGCAAGAUAAGACCCAGUCCCUCGUGACAGGAGGGGAGGAUGGUCUGCUCUGUCUGUGGAAACCUGGGGUGGACUUGGACAAGGAGACAGAGGACCUGUCCCUAAGUAGCCAACCUGUGUCCAGAAAGGCAUCUUCAUCAGUAAGGACAAGACUCAGACUUCACACGAAGAAGCCCUACUAGUGAAGACAGAAGACAAGAAGAUAGAGGCCUGCUUACCUGUCCUGUUUAUACUGCACACUCUGAUGUGACCAGGAAGGAAUUUCAUCACAAAUGGCAAACAGAAACCUUCAGGACUUCAGCAUUACUUAUACAUGUAUCAGAAUCUCUGUAUCAAGGUGGUCG